UCUUAUUCUCUCCCUACAAUAUCUUUGAAUAUCUUAUCUUCCACCCUGAUAUGGCUCCUAUUUACCGUCUUGCCACACUCUCUUCUCUUCUACUACUGCUCAUUUCUGUCAGCACCUUCAUCGAACCCUCUGAUGCCGCUCUCGUGCAACAACAACCUUUGAUUCUCAAAUAUCACAACGGCGUUCUUCUCAAGGGCAAAAUCACCGUCAAUCUCAUCUGGUACGGGAAAUUCACCCCCAUCCAACGAUCCAUAAUAGUCGACUUCCUCCAGUCGCUCAGCUCCAGCGGGGCCCCACUCCCCUCCGCCGCAUCAUGGUGGCGCACCACCGAGAAGUACAAGCGCGGUUCGUCCACCCUCGUCGUAGCGAAUCAAAUCCUCGUCGAAAAUUACUCUCUCGGGAAGUCCCUGAAAAACUGGCACAUCAUAGCGUUGGCUUCGAAAGGUGGUCACGUGAGUUCCGUCAACGUCGUUUUAACGGCCAAGGACGUCGCCGUUGAAGGAUUUUGCAUGAGGUGUGGGUCCCAUGGGUCGACCCGGGGGAGGACCAGAUUUGCCUACGCCUGGGUUGGUAACUCGGAGACCCAGUGUCCGGGUCAGUGCGCGUGGCCCUUCCACCAACCCAUUUACGGCCCACAAACCCCGCCGUUAGUUGCGCCUAAUGGAGACGUUGGAAUUGACGGCAUGAUCAUCAACCUCGCCACCGUUUUGGCCGGCGCCGUUACCAAUCCGUUUAAUAACGGUUACUUUCAAGGUCCUCCAACGGCGCCGUUAGAGGCCGUCUCGGCUUGUACGGGUGCCUUCGGUUCCGGGGCGUACCCGGGUUAUCCGGGUCAAGUACUGGUGGAUAAAAUAACCGGUGCGAGCUACAAUGCGCACGGAGUGAACGGGCGCAAGUACCUUCUACCGGCAAUGUGGGACCCACAAACUUCAGCAUGCUCGACUCUUGUUUGAUAUGGGAAGAGAGAGAGAGAGAGAGAGAGAAGGGAAAAAAAACAUGGAUAUGGUGUGUGAAUGUGUAGGAAUGUAGAUAUACGGUGUCGUUUUGCAGGGCUUUUGUCGUCUUGUGUGAUGUGUAAAUUCUUGUUUUAAAAAAGAAAAAGAAAAGAAAAAGAAGUGUAGUGUAAUAGAGGGAAUGGAAUAUUAAUAAAAUGAUAAAUUAUAUUAAAAGAAGUUGGUGGAUUUGAUUUGA